UUCUCUCCCCUUCUCCCCUCCCCGUCGCUCAGCUCUCGUCCGGGCCGCCCUCCAAAGCUCCCUGGGAUUCGGGACUCCAGGCUCCUCCACCCUGAGGUUCUGCUGUCACCUGGAAUGUUCUCUCACGCAGGUGGGAAUGAGUGUUCCUGGGAUAAGGAGAGGCUUGAGUCGCAACCCUGUGGAGGUGGAGAGGUGGGCAGAACAGGGAUGGGAGUACAACCGAGACUAAAUAACCAGAUGACCUCCCUACAACAGCAACUACUGGCCAACCGUCUCCAGGACCUCCCUUUCAUGAUGAUUCCCCACCCCUUACUUCCUGCCAGGUUGCCCCCGGCGUCGGUUGCCAUGGCGAUGUCACAGAUGAACCACCUCAACACCAUCGCCAACAUGGCAGCUGCCGCGCAUAUACACACACACCGGGGCAUCAAGGAGCGUGUGUGUGACAGUCCGUCUCCCUCUCCAUCUCUAGAAGACACACAUACACCUCUCCUCUCACAGCUCUCCUCACAUCUCAGCUCUACAUCGUCACCAGACCCUGUGAACCACGACAGAGACCUUACUGAAAGAGACAUUCAAAAAAUUGCAAGAGAGAAAGAAGACUCCUCAUCGGCUCUUCCCAUGGUGAAGCCGUCAUUUGAUAGGCUGUCCUCAGGCCAGGCUCUGCCCCCUGGCUUCCCGGCUCCGUUCCUAUUCGCUGACGGCAUUUCCUCUGUUGAGACUCUACUCACCAACAUACAGGGCCUGUUAAAGGUGGCUGUAGAGAAUGCCAGUGUCCAGGACAAUCAGAUCCAGGCAGAGAAGAGAGUACUGAAGAUGGAGCUGUACAGAGAGAGAGUUGAGAAAGAGUCUGGAGAGACAACUCACCUCAGAGUUACAGAGCAGAGCCUCUAUGCAGAAGCGCUUGAAGAAAGAGAAAAAGUUGAAGAGGAAACUACAGGAAGUGUUGGCGUUCGAGUCCAAGAGGAGGGAGAGAGUUGAGGAUACUCUC